CCCCCCCCCCCCCCAUAUAACACAGCAGUAAUCAGCUCUGACUCUUUCAUAUUUACCAUAAACUUGAAGUGGGUCAGAACGAACACAAAGGGGAUUAUGAUGAGGAAGCAGCAGAAAGGUCAGCCGCCAUUUCACCGCCGCUGAUGACAUUUUUACUGCCCCGGAUCACGGUAACCUGAGAAGACAAGUGAUCGCUUCUCCUUUCAUCUGUUCACCAAUUAUCUAAUAAUAGUUAAGUUUUGUCCUGUGAUGGAUCAGCAUGAGGUUUGGUUUGGCUCUCAAUCCCCCCCCCUCCCAAUCUGCGUAAACCAGUGGUCACCACCUUGCUGACUGGCUCCCCCCGAGUCGGCAAAUCAUAUCAUUGAGAUACUUCUCCACUUGUCACUUUUCCCAGAUGCCAAGGACCUUGGCUUUGUGUUGCUGAUGGAAUAUGGGCCCUGGGAAAAUGGUGGCAGACCCCCCAGGAAAGGCAAUGAGGGUGGUCUUGUGUUGGUGAUGAUUUACAGUCACGAGGGUGAACCUUUCAGCUGUGUAAUCUGAUGCACGGAUCAGUGUGCACGCAUUCCUCCACCACUGCCGCAGUUGAGGCAGGACCUCUCCUGGUCGACGCUCCCCUCCGCAGUAUCUAAGACGGCAAGACAGCACCAAUUCCUCCUCCGCAGGUUAAAGAAGUUCAUCAGCCCAUGUCACAUCCUGAGGAAUUCCGACAGGCGUGCACUAGAGAGUAACUGGAUUGGCUGACACUCCACGUGGUAUGGAAGCAAACGGCCCUCCAUCUCCAACCCCUGCAGAGUGAGGAUGACAGCAGCAGCCUAUCGCUCCAUGUGAUCUGCCUCACAUGCAGGACAUCUAUACCGUAGGUGCCUAAAGAAACUAGAGCCCUUCCCAGGGACCACAGUCAACGCGGCUACAACUCCUAACAUCGCAGCGUCGACUCAUGGACAAACAGACCCCAUAACAGCAUCUCCUUGCAGGUAGUAAGGCUACUCUUCAGCUGAUCAGGCCAUUUGGCAUAAACACUUUGUACCAUUUUGUCUCCCUCUAUUCUGUUAUCUUUUAUUUAUGCUAUUCUAUUUCAUUAACGUGUUCAUCCUUAACCUUUCUUUUUGCUUUACUACACAGAGGUCUCAUGGUAACUCAUUUCAUUAUCUGCGUCUACUGCCAUAUGGCGUCACGUUGGGCCAUACUGGAAAGCUGAAGUAGAUGUUCAUGUCCAUUGCCCUGAAUGUUCUGUUUCUUGAUUUUGCACUAUAAUUCGGCACCUGUAUUUCCACCUUCAGGCUAUCGUUUAUUCCUUGAUUUAAAUGUCACACCUCUAUUCAGCGUGCUGAUAUGCUAUAACAUGCCACAUUUGUGCUUCCCAGAAACCAGACAUUCUGUUAUGGUCACUUCUCCAAACCUGUAACUUCCUCGACGGUGGCUUUAAAACUCAGGCGGCGCCCAGGUAGGACACCCAGAAGCGGCCUGCUGACUGCACUAAGAUGCUGCCCCUCCCAGCGGUCCUGCUGCUAUGCACGGUCAUGCUCAGCCAGCCUCACGCUUCAGGCAGCGAGGAGAACAUCAGCAGUCCUGUUCUGCGGGAAGUGAGGUUUCACUCAGUGGAUUACCAGAAUUUUCUGCACUGGAAGACCCAAUCACACCCUGACGGAAACCAGAAAUAUUUUGUUCAGUACAAAGUCUAUGGCGAAAAGCACUGGACCAUCGCAAGACACUGCCAGGGCAUCACACAGCUGUACUGCGACCUGAGCCAGCAGACGUCAGACCCCUGGGAGAGGUACUACGCGAGGGUGCAGGCGGAGGUCUCGGGUCACCAGUCCAGCUGGGUGCUCAGUCCCCGGUUCAACCCACACUGGGAGACGUCAGUGAGUCCUCCCGCGAUGAGGCUGAACGUGAGAGAAGGAGCCGUCGUGGUCCGACUCAAACCACCGAAAUCCCCCUACCGGAGGAGACGAGGCAGCUGGAUCUCCAUGAAGAAGCUGCAGAAGCUGACGUACAGAGUCUACCUCACGCACAGUAGCUCCAUACAGGACGUGUUCGAACUGGACGGCCACGUUACCCUGCUGGUGAUAGAGCAUCUGCAGGCAAAAACCACCUACUGUCUCCAGGCUGAGUCCCACCUCUCCCGGCUGGGCCGCACUGGGGAUCGUGGCCCCCAGUCCUGCGUCACCACUCCGUAAGGGGCGUCUCCUGCCCCCCCCCCUCCGCAGGUAGGGUGGCAGCCUGCAGCUCCGUGAAGAAAGUUCACCAUUAUGCUAAAGUGCCAGAGAUCAGGCUUUGAAAGCGGCCGGUUUCACCACAUGCUACCGACCACUGAGAGAUUAUGACACAGGAUUUCCUGUAAAAUAAGCAACACUGCCAAAUGUCAACUUCUGUAUGCGAAAAUUAGGCCACUGCAAGCAGAACAUUGUGCCCACUCACACGAAUGCCAACGCAUUUCCUGUUUCUGGCCGAGAACCUCCCAUAAUCCUGGUUUUGCUUUUUCUAGUUUUUUUUACUUUACUUCAUUACGGUGACCUUAAAUAUUAUAGAAAUGUCUCUGGAUUUCCCUGCAUGGUGUGACGACAAAGAAUGUUCAGUCUUUUUCUUUUUCGCCAGGGCCUUGCUGGGGGGGGGGGGGGUGUACCCUCUCUGAAUCUCACGGCUGAACCCCACUCUGGCUGCAAUCAGAGCGCUGCCUGGUUUUUGACGUCAGCUCCUGCAUCUCAAGAAGCCUCCACCAGUGAAUAGUACUGGCAUUAUCUGUAUGGAAACGCCUGCCCUAAGAUGCGAGGAGCCAGGAGCUGUAGCCGGGAAUCGAUGGUGUUUCCCUUUUCUUUAUGGUGAUGAAGAUGCAAACAAUUGCCGAUGAACUGAGGAAAUGAUCCCUGUUUGAUUGUAUGAUAUACAUAAACGGAAGAAAACUG